UAUCAAUCCUGUUUAUGCGAACGAUGGAUAUUAUUUGUGUCUUGUAAAAUUUAAUUUUGUUUAUUAAAGUGAUUUAAAAUGCUCGACAAAUGUGCAAUUUCAUAAAUAAUUGCACAUUUUUCUCCAAUAUCUAUAAUAUAAUACGUGUAGUUAAAAAUGAAUGUUUAAAUGUUUUGAAAACAUAAUAAUUUUAAAUUGAGGUUAACUGCAUUUGCAAAUGGCCACAUGUAAUAACUAAGCGGAAUUUAUAUUUAUAAAAUUCAACUUGACAAUAAAAUUCGGAGAAAAUGAGUGUCUUUAAAUCAGAUCCCUCUUCAUCGGAGGAUGAAUCUCAUAGUGAACGUGUUCACUUUGAUAUGGGAAAGAAAAGAUCAUUUAUAAAUUAUAUCGAUGGUGAUGAGUGUGAAGGUGAAAGAAAUGAGCCAAAAAAAAUGCGCUCCGAUGAUUUAUAUUCAGCUGGCAACAUUGAUUCGGGACAUUUUUCUGCCGACGAUGCAGAAGUAGAAAAUACAAAAUAUUCAUUUAAUAGAAUACCAUUUCAGUAUGCAGAAACAAGUUCUAAAUCAUUGGAAUCCGAGAAUAAUAGUAGGCAAUCUUCUGUUAUUAAACAUGUCAAUGUUAGAAAGGAAUCGGAUUCUUUUGCUGAUUAUCAAGAAAUUGACACAAAUACUUUAAUGUCAAAAACAGUAGAUAAAUUUCAUGGAAAUAUGAGAGAAUCAAUAGGAACAAAAUUGAUGCAACGAAUGGGAUGGAAGGGUGGUCAAGGUUUAGGUAAAGAUGGCAAGGGUAUAAUUGAACCAGUACAAGCGGCAAAACAACGUGGUUUUCGUGGUCUUGGCUUUCGUAUUGAAGAAUUGGAAGCGGCACAUGAAAAAUUUAAUCCCGACGAUGAAAUUGUCAAAGUUGAAGAGGACAUUGAUUGGUUAAUAAAUGAUUUAUAUGAAGAGCCAUAUAUCAAUGACAAUUGGAUGACAUUGGGUCCUAAAAAAUUGACAAUUAGCGAUGAAAUUGAAUUUUGUGAUCCGUUAACUGUGAGUAAUGUUAUUAAUUCAAAAAGUGUUUUUGAUAGGCUCGAUAAAAUUGAAAUGCGCGAUGCGCGUACACGUUCAAAUCCCUAUGAAACAAUACGCAGUGCAUUUUUCAUUAAUCGAGCGGCUAUAAAAAUGGCAAAUAUUGAUAAAGCAUGUAAUUUCAUGUUCACAAAACCGGAGAAUUUAAAGAAUGAUGAAUUACUUUAUUUUGCUGAUGUUUGCGCUGGACCAGGUGGUUUUAGUGAAUAUGUUUUAUUUCGCAAACAAUGGAAGGCAAAAGGAUUUGGUUUCACAUUAAGAAAGGAGAAUGAUUUUAAAAUUGAUGAUUUCUCAGCUGGUCCUUGUGAAACAUUUCAUCCUUAUUAUGGACCACGUGAGGAUGGCGAUGUAUUUUGGCCGGAGAAUCAAAUUGCAUUGAAAAAAUUAAUAAUGAAACAAACAAAAGGUAAGGGUGUACAUUUUAUGAUGUCGGACGGUGGUUUUUCAGUUGAGGGACAAGAGAAUAUACAGGAAAUUUUAUCGAAACAAUUAUAUCUUUGUCAAUGUUUAAUAGCAUUGAUGAUUGUUCGUGUUGGUGGGCAUUUUGUAACGAAACUAUUUGAUAUUUUCACUCCAUUUAGCGCUGGAUUGGUUUUUUUAAUAUAUCGUUGUUUUGAUGAGGUGUCAAUAUUUAAGCCAAAUACAUCAAGACCGGCAAAUUCGGAACGUUAUUUAAUUUGUAAAGGAAAACGGCCAAAUACACAAAAAGUAUUGGAUUAUCUAUUCAAUGUAAAUAAAAUUCUUCAGAAACGUGAUGAAUCAAAAAUUGAUGUAUUACAUUUAGUGCCAAUGGAAAUAUUAAAGGGGGAUAAUAAAUUUUUUGACUAUUUAAAAAUGUCAAACGAUGAAAUUGGCCGCCGACAAAUAGUGGGACUAUUGAAAAUAGCGCAUUAUGCACAAGAAAAGGGAUUAAUUGAAAAAAGACAGGCCGAUAUGCGUAAACUUUGUCUUGUUCAUUGGGAUUUACCUGAUAAAAUUCGUAGUGUACCGAGAAAAUCGAAACCACAGGAUAAAAUUAAAAAAUUAUUGGAUGGACCAUUGGAUAUAUUGAAGAAAAAUUUUAAUUCAUCGAAAAAAUUUAUUCAAGAAAAUAUUCAAAAUACAGUUUUAAAUUCGCCACUCGAUUGGUAUUGUAUGCCAUGUGCAUCGACAAUUAAUGUAAAUGAUGAGAAAAUGGCAACAUUUUAUUUGGGCUUGGGUCGAGCGCAAGUGUUUCGUUAUGUUCGAAAUAUGUGGGAACGCGUUGAUAAUGUUUAUUUACCAGCUGAUACUCUUGUUUAUGCCGAGGCUGUUAUGGAAUAUCGAAAAACUGGUAGACAUCAACGUAAAGCUGAACGAAUUCAUAUUAUCGAUGGAUUUAUGUUAGGUGGAGAAAACAUUAGUCAAGAAUAUUUACUCGACAGACACAAAAUGUUGGCAACAUUUUGCGAGGCACUGUGGAAACCAAACGGUCAAGAAUGUCGAAUAUUCAUGAAAGAUUUACAUUUGGUCGAUGAACAUUUAGAGGAAAAAUUGAAAUUAAUUACAUGCCAAAUGAAAACUGGACCACAAGCUGAAGUUUAUUAUCCAUUGAGAAAUUCAAUGGAUUACAAUAAUGAAGAAGAGGACAAUGAACGUUCAUAUUUCAAGCCACAAAGUUUGAUAUUUAUGAAAGUUACAGCCGAUCAUUGGGCACGACAUAAAAGUACAAAAAAUGAUUCUAUCUAUAUUUAUGAUAUUAAAAAUAGAAAGUCCUUUUAUGAAUUUGAUCGUCCAGCUAGUGCAAAUGCUGAUUGUUUAAAAACAUUAAGUAGCAUGAUGGUAUGGGAUUGGCCUCAAUGUAGUACCAUCACUAUGGAUUUCAUUAUGAAAUACAUUAGAAAAGCACUUGUUAAAACGAAUUUUAGCACUUAGAUUUUUUUUUUUUAGUUUACAUAAUAUAAAAAGAAAAAUGUAAUUUUUUGUUCUUUAAGAUGAAAAAAGUUAAUCUUGUCAGUUAGAUUCUAAAAAAAAAGAGACUUGUUAUUUUUGUAUAUUGUAAAUUAAGAUAAAUUUCACAAUUAUGAUCGUCAAAUUAUUAUUAUUAACUCAAUGAAUUUUGUUUGUUAGAGAGAAAAUAACUUCUUUAAAAAAAAUUUAUUUAAUUUGUAAUAUUUAGAGAAUUAUAUAUAUAUAAAUAUAUAUAUAUAUAUUUAAAUAUUAUACAUAGAAAUAAUUUUUUUUUCUCUGUACAUAGAAUGAUAUAUUUGUAUGUACUUAAAAAUUAUUCUUAAUAAAUUCGAAGACAGUACAACA